GGGAGAUAACCCCAGCGUGCAGAAGCUGAGAUAUCAGUUGCUGUGGAGUGAUCUGUCGGAGGGAGAGUGUGUUGUAGCUGGACCAUCAUCUUGCUAAUACCACGCUUCUGUGAAUUUUGCAUGUCAGGAGCGGAGGAUCCUGUCGCCGGUCAACGGCUGUUUUCCAUUUUUGGCAUAAUAUUCCGUAUUCCUAAUUAAUGAAAGGCAUGUGGAAUUGUACAAGGAUUAGGAAUUGGCUUUUAACAGCGUGCCUGCUGUUGACGAUAUGGACGAGGGUGUCCCAGUCCACGGGCUAUUUCGAGCUGCAGCUGAUUACAGUACAGAAUGUAAACGGCGAGUUAUUGGACGGGGAAUGCUGCGAUGGCUCUAGGAACUCUCAGGACCAGCGUUGUAGCCGGGACGAGUGCGAUACUUACUUCACAGUCUGCCUAAAGGAGUACCAAAAUGAAGUCGCGACCACUGGCCAGUGCACGUAUGGCAAAGGAUCUACUGAAGUUCUCGGUGGAAAUAUAAUGUCUUUCAAGAAUGCUAAAAACAAAAUCAACGAGUCUGGCAAGAUCACAAUUCCCUUUCAGUUCGCUUGGCCGCGAUCCUUCACCCUCAUCUUGGACGCAUGGGACUGGGACAACACCACCCAAAAUGCCAACGGCCCCCAGGAGGACUCGCUGAUCGAGCGCAGCAUCCACACCGGCAUGCUGAACCCGGGGGAGGCCUGGCAGACGGUGCACCACCCAGGCCCCACGGCCCGCAUGGAGUACCGCAUCCGCGUGCGCUGCGACGAGAACUACUACGGCAGCAAGUGCAACAAGCAGUGCCGGCCACGCGACGACUACUUCGGCCACUACCGCUGCGAGCCGUCUGGGGACCGCGUCUGCCUCGACGGCUGGAUGGGACCUGAAUGCACCACGGCGAUCUGCAAGCAAGGCUGUAACCUGCUUCAGGGAGGAUGCCCCGAGCCGGGAGAGUGCCAGUGCAAGUACGGCUGGCAGGGGGAGUUCUGCGACGAGUGUCUGCCCUACCCCGGGUGCCAGCACGGCACCUGCACCAAGCCGUGGACCUGCAACUGCGAGAGGAACUGGGGAGGUCUGCUGUGUAACAAAAAUCUGAACUACUGUGGCACCCACCAUCCAUGUGUGAACGGGGGCACGUGCAUGAACACCGAGCCAGACGAGUACAGCUGUGCCUGUCCAGAGGGCUACUCGGGGAAGAACUGCGAGAUCGCGGAGCACGCCUGUGUCUCCAACCCCUGUGACAACGGUGGCACCUGUCACGAGGUGCCCUCUGGCUUCGAGUGCCACUGUCCCUCGGGCUGGGAGGGGCCCACCUGCGCCAAAGAUAUGGAUGAGUGCGCCUCCAGCCCCUGUGCCCAGGGUGGCACCUGUAUUAACAUGGAAGACGGCUUCGAGUGCCUCUGCCCACCCCAGUGGACGGGCAAGACCUGCCAGAUCGAUGCGAAUGAGUGCUUGGGGAAGCCUUGUGUAAAUGCUUACUCUUGCAAAAACCUAAUAGGUGGAUAUCACUGUGACUGCUAUAAAGGAUGGGCUGGACAAAACUGUGACAUCAAUCGAAACGGAUGCAGUGGGCAGUGUCAAAAUGGAGGAGUCUGCAAGGAGGUGGCGCGUGGCGGGUACGUGUGCCAGUGCCCGGUGGGCUUCGUGGGCACGCACUGCGAGAUCCAGCGGAACAAGUGUGCCAGCGCGCCGUGUCAGAACGGCGGGCGCUGCCACGUGCUGCUCGACAGCUUUGUGUGCGAAUGCCAGCCAGAGUUCAGUGGAACAGUCUGUGAGCUACCGAACCAGCUGCCCUCGAACCCGUGUGAGCCGAACCCGUGCCGGAACGAGGCCACGUGCCACAGCUUGCUGGGCGAUUUCUACUGCGCCUGCCCAGAGGACUUUGAGGGGAAGACCUGCUCCGACCGCAAGGACCACUGCAGGACGGCACCCUGCCAAGUGAUUGACAGCUGCACCAUCGCUGUGGCGGGCAACAGCUCGGAAGAGGGGGGCGUGCGCUACAUUUCGUCCAACGUGUGCGGGCCCCACGGCCAGUGCCACAGCCAGCCGGGGGGCAACUUCACCUGCACCUGCAACAAGGGCUUCACCGGCACCUACUGCCACGAGAACAUCAAUGACUGUGUAAGCAGCCCGUGUAGGAGUGGAGGCACCUGCAUAGAUGGCAUUAACUCCUUCCAGUGCAUCUGCCCCGACGGCUGGGAAGGGACGCUCUGUGACUCCAAUGUGAAUGAGUGCAGUAGAAACCCCUGUAAGAACGGAGGCCGCUGUGAGGACCGGGUUAAUGACUUCCACUGUGACUGCAAGGACAACUGGAAGGGCAAGACCUGUCACUCACGUGAAAGUCAGUGUGACGCCAACACUUGCAGCAACGGCGGAACGUGUUAUGACAACGGCGAUGCCUUCCGCUGUGCCUGUCCACCUGGAUGGGGAGGCAGCACAUGCAACACUGCAAAGAACAGCACCUGUGCGUCCAGCCCCUGCGCCAACGGGGCCACCUGCGUGGGUGGCGUGGACUCCUUCACCUGUAUCUGCAAGGACGGCUGGGAGGGACCCACCUGUGCCCGGAAUAUCAAUGACUGCAACCCUCACCCCUGUUACAACGGUGGCAUCUGUGUGGAUGGAGUCAACUGGUUCCGUUGUGAGUGUGCGCCUGGCUUUGCUGGUCCGGACUGCCGCAUCAAUAUCGAUGAGUGUCAGUCGUCUCCGUGUGCGUACGGCUCCACGUGUGUCGACGAGAUCAACGGCUUCCGAUGCAUCUGCCCGCUCGGACGAACUGGCGCCCGCUGCCAAGAGUUCAUCGGCAUUGGUAAGACGUGCCACUACGCGGGCCUCCAGUUCCCCCACGGGAGCCGCUGGGAAGAGGAGUGCAACAGCUGCCAGUGCAUCAACGGCAAGGUGGACUGUACCAAGGUGGUUUGUGGGCGGCGGCCGUGUCUGUUGCCGGGCGCGGAGCUGCAGUUGCCGCCGCAGGAUCGGCAUCGUCCGCAGCACACCUGUCCCCGGGGGCGGGGCUGCCUGGAGCACCGUUUCCUCACCUGCUUCUCGCCGCCGUGCCGCCAGUGGGGCGUGUGCUCGCCCGAGCCGCCCGCCCCCCUGCACACCAAGUGCCAGCCCAACACCGGCUACCUGGACAACACCUGCGCCCGCAUCACGCUCAUCUUCAAUCGGGAGAAGGUGCCCGUGGGCACAACCGUGGAGAACAUCUGUGCUGAGCUGAGGUAUCUUCCUGUGACGCGGACGCUGGCCAAGGACCACGCCUUCCUGGUGCUCUGUGACCUGUCCUACACAAACCAGGAUGCCGUGGAGGUGGCCAUCUCUUUCCAGCAGGAUGAGCAGCCGGACCACAGUCGCAUCCAGGAGGCGGCGGGCGCCAUCGUGGGCACGCUGUCCAAGAGGCACAACAGCACCGUCAUGCUCGCCGUCAUCGAGGUCAAGGUGGAGACCCAGGUCAUGCCACCCUCAGUCAACUACCUGGUGCCGCUGCUGUGCGUGGUCUUCUGCGGCCUGUGGGUCUUCUGCGUGGUGGUGUGCGUGUGGUGGAUGCGCAAGCGCCGAAAAGAGCGCGAGAGGCGCCACCGCCACCACCACCCUUCCGCCGACGACAACAACUACAACAACCAAUGGGAGCCUCUGCGGCAGGUGGUGGGCGGCGGCCAGGGAGGUGGCCACGCCCUCCACGCGGGUCUCGGUCUCGGCGCCAAGGACAGCAACCUGGAGGCCCAGUACGAGCGCGCCAAGCUCAUGGGCGGAACCGACCGCACGUGCGACGGCCGCGAGGACGACGAGGAGGCCGAGGACGAGCUGGAGCUGGGGAUGGGGAUGGGGCUGGGGCUGGGGAGAGUGGGAGGGGUCGGAGGUGAAGGCAUGAUGGAGGUGGAGCUGGAGCCGGCGGAGGACGGCUGCGGGAAGGAGGAUGGGAAAGUGCGCAUGUACUGUAAGGGGCUGCCGGGCGGGGGGGCGGCGGGGCUGGGGCUGGGGCUGGCCAAGGGGGAGGUGAUCUGCACCACCCGCAGCAGCAGUGGAGGAGGAGGUGGAGGGGGUGGUGUAGGAGGAGGAGGAGGUGUAAGUGGCUGCAGCGUCGCGUCACUCAAGGCACCUCACCGGACCGCGAUGUCGACGUCAUCAUCAUCCUCAUCAUCAUCGGCGUCGACGAUGGGCGGGGCGCUCCACAGCCCCAAAGACAACCGCUGUAAAAACAUCAACGUCGGCUCUGACCUCAAAGACCAUUGUGUAUGAGCCUAGCAAGUGCAGCACCACCUCCCCUUCCCAUCCUCCUCUUCCUCGUCCUCUUCUUCAACCAUCCAUCACCCCCUCAAUCAUCCAUACAUCACCGCCACCCCACCCCACCCCACCGCGCCCCCAACCCCCCUUCCAAUCACCCAACUCUUUUCAACCCCCCCACUUCCGUUUACGCAACGUAAUUCAACCCAACAACAACCCCCUACUACAAAACUCUUGACAGAGAAUCUUAAAGAGGGGAGGAAGAUGACUCUCUUGCCCUCAUUUCAAAGAAAAAAAAGGCUUUUCGGUUUGAAAAGAACUUUAAUUUUUUUUCCUCUCUUUUCUUAGGUUGAAAAUUUCUUUUUUUAUUUCCCAGCAAAUGAGUUGCUGUUUAAGCUGAAUGUCAAUUAUGGAGGACUGUUUAUUUUUUUUCCUUUGUCGGUUUUUGUACUUUUUUUCUUUCUUCCUCUCCCUUCCUUUGGCAUUCACAUUUUUUAUUUUUUUUGUGUACAGAUGAAGAGUUGUAUUUCUUUAUAACUAGGCGAAACAGAAGAGAGAGGCCUAUUUUCUGUUGUUUCUGUUAUUUCUUUUGUUUUUUUGUUUUUUGGAAGGUGUCCUGCAGGAAAAAGAUUCAUAGAAAGAAAAAAAGACUCGUAAUGGAGGAAGAAAAAUAUAAAUGUAUAGAUUCAAAAAAAGAACAUUUUUUUCUGUUGUUUACAAAUGAUUGUGGUUUUGUUAAUCAACCCUUUUGUUAGAUAUGUCUCUGCUAUUGGACUGCAGGGAGGGACGGCUGCGAUGCGAUGGGGUGGGGGGGUGGGGUGGUGAGGGGGGGGACUGACCGACCUACAGACUUUAGGACCCUGCAGAAAGCAGGUGUCCCUCAUCUCUCUCUAUCUCUCUCUCUCUCUCUCCCCCUCUCUCCCCCAAGUCAGUCUGUCCAGCUCUCCUCGACGAUGCACACCGGCCUUAUAAAAGUGUGUGCCCAGAGGAACGAGGGAAGACGGAGAGAAAGAAAGCAAACAUACAAAAAAAAUUUACUCCUGUGCCUAAAGAGUGGCCUUGGUUUAAUCCCUCCUUCCCCUGGUCCUUUUUUUGUUGAUCUCAGCUGAAGUAGGAAAGAGGAUUGCAGUAUUUUCCCCCCCACCCUAACGUUUCAUUUUCAUUUUAUUGUUAUUAUUAUUAAUAUUAUUAUUAUUAUGAUUAUUUAAGUUUCAAUUUGAGCUGGUAGCAAGUGCCUUUCAAUGAGCUCCCUCCACCCUCUCGUUAACAGCCCUCCAUCCUAUUCAACCCUAGAUCAAGCCCAGAUACACACACACACACACACAGACACACACACACAGACACACACACACAGACACACACACACAGACACACACACACAG